CGUGUAACACUAAAGUCCAAUCAAUCCCAGUGCAGGUUACUUCCGGGUAUACAUCACGCUGUUGAAUGCGACGGCGCAAUCCGCAAAGCGUCGGCUGCAGUAAAUAGAGAUAAUUGUGAAGGAAUGAAUAUGUACGUUAUAUAACGCAUGUGUAGUCUGAAAUUGAUAUUUGAACAACGGAACUUUUAAACCCGUCUGUUCCGUUUGCAGCCGACAUCGAACAAGUUUUGCGAGAGACCAGGGACUGAGGAAGUGAUUGAUACCACUCUAUUUGAUAACAAUUUGACACAACUAAUUCAACCUAUUUUCAACUUUUCUCUUCGACCAUGACACACCAUAUUUGUUACUUGGUAAUUUUGAACUUAUUCUUCCUUAUUAUUCCAAUAUGGUUCCUAUCAAUCGGCUUUAAAAACCAAGGAAAAUGUGAGAACCCGCUUCUUCCAUUAUGGCUUAUUUUUGUUGGUAUUUUAAUUAUUAUUGAUAGAAUUAUUUAUUGGAAAAUUCUAUUCAAUAAAGUGAAGAAACUCAUGGAGGAUGUUCCGCAAGAUGGAAGAAAGAAAAACUGGUUCGAAAAUUUUUGGUGGAUAUCAAUAAAAUAUGCGUUGGAAGGAGUCAUGUUAAUAGCGGUUGCCCUUGGAGCUAUUUGGAGCUAUGAACAACUCGGCCGACCGAUUUAUUUAUGCAAAUCUUCUGUUCUUUUCUCGGUUUCCGGAUUUUGUAUUAUUGCUUCCAUAACUUAUAUAGUCUCCUUGAUAGGGACUAUUUAUAUAUUUUGCAUGAAUUGUAAAGCAAAGUUUGAUAGAAAAGUUACAAUGUGGUUGUAUAGUUAUAUUCUAUAAUUUAACAUAUUGUAUAAUUUGAAAAUGCAUCUGUUUUGCCGACA